AUGAUUACGAAUGAAGCUUGGAAACAACUAUUUCAAGCACGAGUACUAAAGCGAGAAAAAAGACAGUAUGAUUCGGAACAAAACGUUUAUCCACUUCACAACGCAUAUUCCAAAUCAGAAAUUUCUAUACAACAAUCAGUCUGUGAAUGCCAAACAUCGAACGUCUGUCCUCCAGGACCACCAGGAUUGCCAGGAAAACCUGGUGAAGAUGGAAUGCAUGGUGAACCAGGAACACCUGGAACUCCAGGACUGCCUGGAAAUGCUAUUCCGGUUACGACCGACUAUAGCAACAACUGUCGACUAUGUCCCCAGGGCCAGCGGGGUCCUCCUGGUCCCCCGGGACAAGAAGGUAUUCCAGGAAAAGCUGGGCAACAGGGACCACCAGGACGUACUGGCGAACCUGGAAGAACUGGUUAUGCAGGUACUCCUGGAGUAAUUGGAGAAAUGGGUGCGCCAGGCAGACCUGGUGACCCAGGACCCCCUGGAUUGAAUGGAACACGUGGCCAAAAAGGUCUAUCUGGGAAAAAGGGCGAAUUAGGUUCGAUAGGACCAAGGGGUCUCGAAGGAUAUCCCGGAUCACCGGGGCAGAGAGGAAAGAUGGUCUGUGAAGCAGGAGCGCAAGGUCCACCAGGAACACGGGGUCCUCCUGGGCAAAAGGGAGCAGUAGGUAUAAGCGGUCUUCGAGGUAUGCCAGGUGAAGAUGCGCAAUACUGCUCAUGUCCACCUCGCACAAAAGGUAACGAAAAACCAUCGUAUGCACAAAUAACUGAUAUUCAAAGCCAAAUACCUUCAUCGUACAACGAGCAAUCCAACUACGAUUCAGGUGGUGACAGUAAUGUUGGCUAUAAGAAGAGAAGUAAAAAAGCCUGAAAAACUGCUUAAGUAUCAAUGCCAUUAUGCCGUAAUAAAUUUGUUCCUUGC